AUUUUUUCAAGCUUAUCUUUCACGUUCACUCGGCUAUUAUGGCCAAAAUAAUCCACCAUCUAGAUGUAAGGGUGUAUGACGACGCCACCCUGCCAUCAGGUCUCAGUUUGCGCCUACAAAAUGAUAUGCAUGGUCCGGACGAUGAUUGGAGUGGAACGACUGAUCCUGCUAAGCGGAGAAAAGUUCAGAAUCGCCUACAUCAAAGGGCGUGGAGAAGGCGACAGGUGAUGCGACGAACGCUCGGCGUCACGGCCAAAGACGCAAGUGCGGACUCGGAGGUUGUGCGGCCGCGUAGUCGAAGCCCUGAGACUUCGUGCUCAGAGACGUCAGAGCCACCGAUCAAUCUAUGGCUAUGCUCAGAUGACGUCGACAAGACCCAAAGGUCUCUCGCUCGCUUCGAGGAUUAUGCUUAUUCGCGAUAUCUGGAAGGGUCUCCGCGAACAGACCUCCUGCUGACGCUCAUCAAAUUCAACGUUUUCAGAGCACUCAUGGUAAAUGAUAAAACUCUUGGCUUUGCCAAUCAGUGGCUCCAGGGUGAGGCUAUUUCACCCUUUUUUCGCUCCCGGCACGGAACACAAGCAGUCAUACAGACAUGCCCCGCAAAUCUUAGGCCAACCUAUUUGCAGCUGAUUGUUGAGCACCAUCCAUGGAUCGAUCUAUUGCCCGAUCCAACGAUGCGUAAUAACAUUCUGCUACUGGGCAAUGAAUAUGACGAUGAACCACUCUGCCAUGACGUCGUGGACAACCGUCAUGGCAAACAAUCGGAGAGCCUUAUCGUCUGGGGUGAUCCAUGCAACCCGGACAGCUGGGAGAUCGGCGAAGAUUUUUGCAAAAAAUGGCCUUCGGUUGUGCGAGGCUGUUAUCGUCUAUUCAAAGCAACGAACAACUGGAGGGUUCGACGGGGCGAGGGGAAGCUCUUUCCGGAUAGUCUUUGUACUCCCGGAUGACAACGUCAUGCAAGUACUGCUGCUAUUCUGAUGCUUCCAGGAAGCUCUGGCUACUUGUAUGAUACAGCUUAGGAUAUGCAGCGAGGAAGAAAAUGCUCAUAAAUGGUCCUCAUAUACCAACAUAUAUCGGUAUCUUGGCUUGCUGUUGUCCGUGUCAACCAUCGCCUGAUUUGCAUCCUUCAUUGGACGCUCUUCCACCUAUAGCUUUACAUUCUUCUCAGCCGCCAGCUGAAGCAUUUCUCGAAUUUUUCCUGGUGCGCCGAUCAUUGAACCAGCAAGCUUCUUCCUUCCGAUGAAUAAACCAGGCGCUGGUACCUCGAAAACUCCAUCGUCAUGGUUGCCAACCUGAACUAGUGUGCCAUUGCGUCUCAAGAGAGCAAGGUAGCCCGCAAUAGGCAUCUAAGUCAUUGGUCAAUAUCGUGGUCUAUAGAGAACUUGAGAAUGUACCUUUGACGAAGACAUGGUUGAGACGAGCAGGUUAAACGAGCCAGGAAAAUUUGGUAUCCCACUUGGGACGAUCGCCCGUUGCAAUGUAGCUGUCUGCCCCCGUUUUGCGGGCAUCUUGCUUCUUACUUCACUUACGGAAUAUAGCG